AUGACAGCUGCACCGAGCAGUGAGUGUGUGGGUGCUGUUGCUCACUCUGCUGAUGCACCCAGGAUUAGUGAUGUAUUGCUCUGUCUUUCAUAUGCAGUAAUAACCUCAUUUCAAUGCACUGCUGUUGGUUCUUAUGGUGAGCUCAUUGUUUUGGGGAGACCAUGGAGUGUUAUUUCCAGAUAUGACUCAAGAGUUGAGUACAUAGCAUGA